CUCGUACCGACAGCUGUGACGGACCGGCACUCCGCGCGGCCGGAGCGGUACUCUCGGAGUGGACCGCCGCCGGGGUGGUGUAGGUGCCGCCGACGGACCGGCCGUGACCCGAGCCACGUGCGCGCGUGACGUUGCUGGCGGUGCUCGACGCGGCAGUGUUUGACGGCAUAUGGCGGCGCGGCGAGGCCACUGACGUGGGCAGAGUUGAGCCCGAGUACCCGGACCGGCGACGAAGGCGCCGUGAUGAACGGCGACCUGACCAGGUGUGGCUGAAGCGAACACCAAUCCGUGCUGUGAUCGAAAGGCGUCAGCGCUGGUGCUAACCGCAGGACGAGGCCGACGACUGAGGUCGAGAGGACGGCGGGCUAGACCGUACGCCUUCACAUAUGCGGUUGUGAGUAUGCUGGAGGAGAUGCUGGUGCCACCGGGCCUGCUGGACGAGAUGUUGGAGCCGUCACCAGACGCGACGCCGAUGGUGCACAGGCGUGAUCUCAAAAAGCGGCACUACAAGAAGGAUUCACGCUUCGUGGGUGACCUCUACACGCUGACCUUUGACACCCACGAGGACCUGGAGAGUCUGGGCUACCUGGACCUGCAGCGGCGCAAUGACCGUGAGACGAUCCGUCGGAAGCUGGCCAUGGGCCCGGAGUCGGACGAGCCGGGCGCGCCGGCGCUGGCGGCGCGCGCCGGCCGCAAGCCCAGCCUGCAGUCGCGCCUGCAGGGCGGCAUGAACCUGCAGAUCUGCUUCAUGAACGAGACGGCCUCGGACGAGGAAGACGAGGAUGAGCUGGGCGGCGCCGGCGGUCUGCUGGCACGCCGCACCUCAGGCGCCGCCCAGCCGGAACCGGCCGCCUUCCAGAGCCUGCCCGUCGACCUCAACGACUGGCCCAAGUUCAGCCAGCCGCCGGCGGUGGCGCGCGAGGCGGGCGAGCCGGCGCGCACGGCCGACUUCGUGCGCCACCAGGCGCAGCUGCAGACCGAGGCGCGUCUGGCGCUGGCGCAGGCCAAGCAGAUGGCGCGCAUGCAGAUGGAGAUCGAGCGCCAGAGUCGCAAGAGCCCCAUCUCGGACGUGGUGCGGCUCGCCUUCCAGAAGAUCGGAGUUCCGUUUCCGGACGGUAGGCGGCGUGUCAGUCGCCAGCUGUUGACUGAGAUGAACAUUGCGCAGCUGCAAGUAAUCGUCAACGAUUUUCACACAAGGAUCGAAGGUCUGAACGAGGCGCUGGUCCGCUACUUGAUGGAGCGCGACGAACAGCACAUGGAGCAGGACUCGAAGCUGGUGCACAUCGAGGACCUGACCUCGUACUUUGGCCAGAAGCACCAGGAGGCGGUGCCCGAGCCGCCCGCCGCUGCCGCUGCCACCGCCGCCGCCGACAAGCGCAAGCCACGCGCUCCGCUCCGGGUGGGGAUGGGCAGGGCCAAGUAGGCGCGCCGGCGGUGGCGCCCGGCGGAGCGGAGUGCUCUGGUCAGUGCAGCGGCCGGGAGCGGUCGGACAGCGGCCGACGAUGGCCAGUGGGUGGCCAGCGCUGGUGACCGAUUCCUGUCGGCCGCGACCGCGCGGCUCUCGGCUUAUGUGUGUGUGUGUUGGGGGAGGGGGACGGGGCCGAAGAGGGGUGUAACGGUGACGGGCGCGUGGGGUGCGGGGUCGUUUGGGGCGAGCGAACGUGAGCGGGCGGGCGGUCCGAGUGAGACCCGAGAUGUCCCGCCCCGGGGGCGCUCAAGGGCGAGUGUGAUAUGUUCGCUUUAUGGGCCGAUGAACGACGUGGUGUGCAUUUUAUCGAGCUUACUCUAGGCGCUGACGCGUGUUGUCAGAGAUAUCCCGCCGCCACAGGUAUAACAACCUCUAUUGAACAUUCUAUAACCAGUAUUACUGUUUGUAGUCCAGGAUGCGCGCCGGACCACGCUUGUGCGCUUGCGUCUGGUUGCACAAGCCUGAGCUUGUCGCCGACAGUGUGUUUGUGUGCUGAAGACGAGCGCCCACGGGCUGGCAGCGUGGACGGCGACUGCGCGCUGCCGCACAGCCGCACGGAGGCGCGGCCGAUGUGGGCUUCAGACGUGGCACCUCCGCUCUCGUUACAAGUACGACUCAAUAAUUUUUAUACUUCAUUUUGGCACGCGCGCGGUGUGUUUGUUUCCAUGUUUUACAUUCCUGCCUCGGCUCUGGCGCGGCGGCCGCCGUUGCGUCGGGGUUCUGCGGGCUGGCGGCCCCGGGAUGCGCGUGCAGCCGCCGGGCUGCGCCUGCAUGUAGUCCUGCUUGCCAUUCACGUGUACUUCCUAGUGGCUACGUUCGUUAUUAGCAGCGACAUGUGCUCCGAAUACAUUGAACUACCCAUAUAA